CCUGUGCAGACCUGUGGUGAAGAAUUCCACUGAAGAGCAGAGUUACUUUGUUUCUGACGUGGAGGGGGGGAUUGCCACAUCAUUUAAUCUGCAGUGUUAGGUUGGAAAAUGGUUGUACUCUCCUCCCCCUCGGUUUCUGAGUCUGCAAUGGAGCACUUUGUGACGGAGCUGAACGUCCUGCUGAAGUUGCUGGACCACGAGAGUGUGAGCUCGGCCACAACAGAGAAGAUGACCGUGGUCAGGAACCUACUGAAGCAGCUGCAGCCGCCGGUGAAUGGAACAGACUUUAUAUACAUGAACACCUCCCUAUAUGGAAAUGGUACCAGUUUUGUGGAAUCCCUGUUUGAAGAAUUUGAUUGUGACCUGCAGGAUUUGAGAGACUCUCCCGAGGAAUUAAAGGAUCAAGCAGAAGAUACCUCCUCCAAGGAACCUCCCUCCAAAUCUAGUCCAACAGACACCCCACCCCCACCCCCACUCCCAACCACACCUCCCCCUGAAGACUACUAUGAAGAGGCGGUACCCCUGGACCCUGGCAAGUCUCCUCAGUAUAUCACCACUCACAGAAACUCCAGUCCACCAAAUUCCAUUGAGGACGCAUAUUAUGAGGACGCUGAUGACAACUACCCAACCACUCGCAUGAACGGCCCUCGCAAGAACUCCUAUAAUGAUUCAGACGCACUGAGCAGCUCCUACGAGUCCUACGAUGAAGAGGACGACGAGGCCAAGGGCCAGGGACGGACCCGGCGGUGGCCCUCCGAGGAGAGUCCGGUGGGUCCAGUCAAGGACUGCCACAUCGCUGACUUCCUGCUGCGGAAAAAGCGCUUUGGCCAGUGGGCGAAGCAGUUAACCGUCAUCCGUGAAAAUAGACUACAGUGUUACAAAAGCCCCAAAGAUUGCACACCACAGUUUGACCUGCCCCUCAAUCUGUGUCAGGUCAUUUAUGUUCCAAAAGAUGGACGGCGAAAGAAACAUGAGCUUCGCUUUUCAUUACCAGGGGCAGAGGCUCUUGUCCUAGCAGUGCAGAACAAGGAGCAAGCGGAGAGGUGGCUCAAGGUGGUGCGGGAAAUUAGCAGUAAGUCUAUUAGUACAGACACGCUCGAGGGCUCCUCCUCUCCAAUGAUCCAAAGGAAAAUAGAUGUGGAGAAAAUGUUUUUAGCAGACAAACAUACCUCAGACUCUGAUAGUAUAGCAAAUGGAGACAACACAUUAUCCUCCAGCCAUGGACGGGACAGCUUGGAGCAGGGAAAAGCGAAGAAGGGCGCCCUCUCGGAGCUGACAGGCUCCAUGAGCCGCGCCGCUGGCAAAAAAAUCAACCGCAUCAUCAGUUUCUCCAAGAAGAAGCCUCCUUUGCCUGGAGAGCCUCAUACGGCAUCCCUCUCUGACCCACGCUGUGGUCAUUUGAAUGUGCUGGUGAACCAGAGCUGGAGGGAGCGCUGGUGCUGUGUGAGGGGAGGCACCCUGUUCCUCUACAAGGACAGAGGGGACCUGCAUGCCCACGUCAACUCUCUGGCCCUCCAGGGGGCCGAGAUUGUCCCUGGACUGGGCCCCAAACACCCUUUUGCCUUCCGCAUUCUCAAAAACAGCAAUGAAGUGGCUGCUUUAGAAGCAAGCUGUUCUGAAGAGCUUGGACGCUGGCUGGGCCUGCUGUUGGCAGAGACAGGAGGUGCCAUCACCCCCGAGGCCUUGCACUAUGACUACGUGGAUGUGGAGACCAUCAGCAACAUCCAGGAUGCCGCUCGACAUUCUUUCCUAUGGGCAACAUCAUCCAGCAGUGCUUCAUCUGACUCAAGAACAUAUGAUGAGGUGCCAUAUGAGAGUGUGCAUCUGCAGGAGGAGGCCAAACCCAGGCCAGGCUCCCAGGUCAAACGCCACUCGUCCUUCUCCAGCAACGAUGCUACCAAGGUGGAAUCCCAGGCCACCGUCAAACGUCACGGAUCUUGUAAGUGCUUGCAUGCAGCUGUGAACCAAUAUGGGAAGUACGGAAAAACAAGAGCGGAGGAGGACGCACGGAGAUACCUGAAUGAAAAAGAGGAGCUUGAGAAACAGAAAGAAGUGAUCAGGCAAACCUUGGUAUCACUACGUAAAGACAAGAGGAACAUCAAAGAAGAACUGAAAAAUGCAACAGCUAAGCAUCAGAAGGUCCUUGAGCAGCGCCUGGCCAAGGUGGAGGAAAGCUGUAGAGGGAAGGAGAGCGAGAGAGUUGACCUGGAGCUGCGGUUAACAGAGGUGAAGGAGAACCUUAAGAAGUCUCUGGCUGGGGGCAUGCUAGGAGGACCCACAGAGGGCAAGCCCACUUCUAAGGUCCUGAAAAAUCAUGUGGGAAAUGUGUACAGUGAAUCAUCUGUACCGGUGAAUAGUGCAUCUGAGAUGAAAAAGAGGCCUCCCUCGAUCUACGCAUCAAGCCGAGGAAAUGUGAUACAAAAAGCAAAAGAGUGGGAGUCCAAGAAAGGAACGUCAUAAUGAAGCAUUGCUCCAGCAAUAUGGAGACUGGACUGGAGGACAUGGCUGUCAUGUGAUCAUGUCUGUGUGCUGGGGAAAACUAUGAGUAUAGCCCUAUUCGCACGGGAUUAGUAUUACCUGUGGACCUCUGGUCAUUUGUGAUAAUUGCGGAGGAUGCCUGAGAUCUUAGUCCCGUGCGAAUGUGCCAUGUCUGUAAUUUGUAAAGUAAAAAUUCCACCACAAAUUACCUACUGUAUUUCGCCAAACACAGACGUCCGGUGAUAAUACUAAUCCCGUGCGAAUCUGCAUCUCAGUGAUUGCUAUUGCAAUUGCAUAUCUUUUCUACUUACUGCGUUGUUUUCGGACGUUAGGAUACGACAUAUCCGGGUGUAAUGUCAGUGAAAAUAGAGUAAUUUACAGACUUUGCUUAUCCCGUGCGAAUGCGCUGCAAGUAACACAGAGGUGGGGCGAUAAUUUGAAAAUGACCAGAGGUCCACAGGUAAUACUAAUCCCGUGCGAAUAGGGCUUAUGACUGUGUGUGUGUGUGUGUGUGUGUGUGUGUGUGUGUGUGUGCGUGUGUGGGUGUGUGUGGGUGUGUGUGUGUGUUUUGUGUAUGCAUAUGUGUAUGUGUGUUUUUGCACGUGUGCUUGAGGGAAUGGGAGAUAGAGAAAAAGAAAAAAAAUCCCCACACCGUUUUGCCCUUCUACACCAUAUUCACUUUUCACCUGAAGAUUCUACUGCCAGUGGAUGGGUGAAGAAUCGAUUGUCUGGGAAUUUCCAGAGUUGUUUGACACACCAUUGGACUGUGCCUGCUAUGUCUAGGGAGUUUUGAUGGUGCUGUAUGUGUUGAUGUAUGUGUAGUGUGUGUGUAAGAGAGAGAGACAGAGGCAGAGCUUAGUUGAAUAAGGCAAUGCAUGUGAAGGAUAAUCAAAGGGAAAGGAAUGUAUAGGCAAAAAGUACUUUUUUAAGACCACAAGAUACCUACUUCUGCAUUUGACUGCAUUUUACCAGGUUUAUUACUGAUCUUCUCUACUGGUAAAUGUGUACGGUGCAAUGUUUUCCACUCUUUUGUAUAUAAUUAUGUAAGUGUGUGGUUAUAAGAUUUUUUUUUAUUUCUUUAAAAAAUGGAUCCUUAGACGGGAAUAAUACAGACCAGCAGCAAGCAGUAGAAUUUGUAUGGUUUGCUAGCAGCACAACUGCUGGUAUUCCCUCCAAACAUGACAGUUACUGUACUGUCUCUCACAAUGUCAGUUGUAUGAACAGGACCUUAUGUUAGUUUACAGGUUCAAUGUAUAAAAAAAAAAAAAAAUGAAAGCAAGUCUAUUCUUUAGCCUACUGUUGAACUCACACUUAACUUACAUUGUUUCUGUCAGUGCUUGAACUUGACCAAUUCUAUUUAUUGAUUUGUACUUGUGAAUAAAAGUGUCUUUAUUAUAA